GCCAUCACUCCGUAGCACCAUUUCAUGGCUACUUGGUAUAUCACGACCAGUCGUCCCAAGUUCUUGAUCCAUAGUUGACCAUCGGCUCACAGCCAGCAGGCCCCCCUUUUGACGUUUGCCUCUGGAGUUGUAAUCUGUCGCGCGCCUCUGAUAGAUGACAUACUCUAGCUCGCACGUGCCUCCGUCCAGCCUAAUGAAAUGGAUACCCGGCAUCCGCUGGGUUCCACACGAUAUCGGUAUCCCCAGCCAAGGCGGCGAAAGGAGUGAGAAGCCAAAAUCACAUCGUAUCUCGCUACCUUUCCCACGGCGGGACAAACAAAAACGAAAUGCCCAGUCGAAACCUGAGGAAUUGACGAGCGGAGCUGGUGUCAGAGAUCGGCGCUCUCCUACUUGGACAGCCCGCGUAUCGACUCUAUCAUUUACUGGUGACGAUGAGAAUGACCGCCAGAUACAAGCGCGGACGCACAACCAACGACAGAGCUCCUUCUUUGGAAAGCUGCCGUAUGAACUUCGAGUCAUGGUGUAUGAGUAUCUGGUUGAGAAGGGGGAAACCGUGCACCUGACGCUGGGCGCGAAGAAGAGAAAAUAUGGGCAUUUCUUGUGUGAAGAGAGGGAGCUGGAAGAGAUAGUGGCUUUGCUGGAAAGAGCAGAUAUGUCUCACAGAGACUGCGGGUGUAAGGUCCUCGUUGGUGGGUCCAAUGACUGUCGGAAAUUAGAGGACGGUAUCUUUGCUAUGAUGCAGACUUGUAGACGAGGGUACCUCGAAACAAUGCCCUACCUCUAUACGCCACACACCUUCUCCUUCCUCCAUAUAACCCACCUCCUCCACCUCCCAAGUCGUCUUCCCGCCGUAAGGCUGGAUUCAAUCCGUACUGUUCGUUUGCGCUGGACUAUUCGCACUUUGCCCUUCCUCAAACGGUCCAUUUCGUCCAAGCGCUACGCUUAUCCCGAGGACACGGCGAACUGGGUGAAUGGCUGGGAAAUUCUCGCCAACAUGCAAGGACUCAGGGAUCUAUUCGUCACCCUGACCGAGGUUACUCCCUGGCGUGCAACGUGGGAGCGGCAAUGGCUGGAGAUGGAAGAGAAGGUGAUGGCGCCGGUGAUGCAGGUGGUGAGGCCAACCCGGUUUGUCGUUGUUCUGCCGUAUGAAAGCUGCAGGGUCGAUGGGUGGGAAGUAGGGGAGUGCAAUGUCGUAUUCAGACGGCCUAGCCAUGUGCAGGCUGCCGUCAAUAUUUAGAAAAGCUAUGGAGCUAAAAGUGGGCCUCGCUUGAAGUUGUCAUCACAGGACAGUCUCUGUUCACAUCCGACUAAACACCCCACUGCACUUCCUCUGUACUGCUGUUUUCUAAUUUAAACAGCUAGCAGGUGCAGCAAUAUAAGCGGUCCUGCAAUUAGCUUUAUAGUGCGCCUCUACGUAUAGUAGUAUAUUUAAAAAGAAAAUUCUACCUGUCGCAUU